AGGAUUGAUGCCAGCCAGGCUGCCUCAAGAGGAGGUGGAACAUGAGGCCAUGCCAUUAGCGUCCUGUUUGGCUUCGGCAUGAGAUUCAUCUGUGACACCUACAUCGUCCUUGCUUGGAACAGCAGGACAGAAAGCAGCCCUGGUGCUUGCUCCUGUGCUGACGAGCACACUGAAGUACAGCAGAACAGAAGGCAAGGCCACAGAAAAGAGGACCCAAGUCAGGAGCAGAAGCAGGUGACAUCUGGACUCUCCAUUCUUUGGAAACAGCUAUUUUAAUAGCUCCACUUUACUGCAGCUAUUUUGACAGGGAGAUAUUUUUGUUUGGCCCCAAAAUUUAGCUGAGAAAUGAUCAGCUUUUCAAAAAAGUGAUAAAUAAAGUGGAUGUUUCAUACUCCA